AUGGCGCCCCGGCUAGCUUUCAUGGACUUGUCUGUCGACUUGAAGACGCUCGUCAUUCAGCACAUCAAUCGCCCAACCGACCUCAAGAACCUAUGUCUCACAUGCAAGCAGUUGCAUGAGAUUGCUGCCCGCCAGCUCUACUACGAGGUCACUCUCGACGUCGGCUCGCCCAACGAUACGCGCCUCGCAGCCUUCCUCAACCCCAGGAACAUCGGCCUACAGCAUGUGCGCAAGCUUGACCUCUACCUUGCAGAUGUGCUAGACAAGUGCAACCAACAACAGCAGGCCAACUUUGCCAUUCGCAUGAUUUUGGAACUGCUGCCGGAGAAUCAGUUGGACAAGUUCUCCUGGCAUCCCUGGUCGCCCUUUUCUGCCGACAACUUGGUCUUGCUGUAUCGGAAGCAGAAGCGCAUGAAGUGGCUCGAGGGCAUUUCUCUGGACCGCAAUGUCUUGGAGGAGUUGCAGAAGUUGCCCAACAUUGACAAGUGCUUUGACAAUGUACGCAAAAUUGGCCUAUACCCCGACUCACGAGAGGUUUUGGAAUUUUGCCACUUUCUACUCAAGAAUACGGCCAACCGCACACUUGACAAGAUCACAUUACACGCCAGCUUUGACGAGCUGGAUUCGUCCAUUACCACGCGCGAGUUGAACGACACGGUCAAUGAGCCUGGUCUGAUUACGUCGACCAUGUUCAGCCACAUGCAGCCUUUCGCAAAGUGCACGCCCAUGGCACUCAAAGAGAUCACGCUACAAAAGCUACAUCUACGGUACGCGGCAGGGACAUACUGCAAACUGAUCGACUUCCAAACGAUUAAAAGCAUCCGUGUGUUUGGCUGCUCGGGCGCCGACGCCCUGUUGGCCGAACUGAGCAAAAGCACAAAGCUUCCCGACAAACUCGAGACACUGGAACUCAAGCACGACGACAAUACGGAAAACGAUGGGUUGGGUGCCAUUGACGGGUUUCUCUGCCUAGUGUCUGGGAUCAAGACCUUGACACUGGACCUCACGUACGUCAAGGCGCUGCCGGCUGCUGCGGGCAUUGUGCGCCAUGGCAAGACGUUGAAGAGUCUGAACGUGCAUGGCAGCACGGGCCCUGAGAGCUGUGACGAGGAGCUCGUGUACGACUAUUCAUCCUUCUCGCAGAUAUGCAAGGACUGCACGUUGCUAGAACAGAUUUCAGUAGCGUUUCCUGCCGUGAGCGUGGUUCGAAGCAAGAACGAUAGCUUUGUCAACUUUGAAAACUGCCUGGGUGACCUUUGCCAUCUGGCCACACUAAACAUUACGACGUGGCCGACCAACAGUCCUUCGUCGAGCAAAUUGCCGCGCAAGAUCUAUGAGCAUCUCCUUGCCGGGCUGGCGCAACAGGGGUUUGAGCGCAGUCGGGACCAUGCCAAGGAGCAAGGGCGCUCAUGCAAACUCGGACUUAUUGCCUUUGGCUCGUCGGACAAGGUCUACGACCGCGAGGAUAGUCAGAACCAAAUUAUAUUUGUCAAGGGGCGGCAGAUUGAUCCACUGGGCAAGGAAACAUCGACGGCUAAAUUCGGAAUCAUGAAAUCCCCAGACUCGCCCCAGUACCUACCACCCCAGGACCCGCACUACACCUAUUCCCCCGCCCCCGCCCACGCCCACGCCCACGCCCUCGAUGCCAUUCAGCAGCCACCACAGCCGGUCCAGCCACCACAGUCUGCCCGUCUGCCCUACCCCCACGAUGCCGCCUUUCCCAAGCUCGAGAACAUCAACGAGGUGCUCCAAGCCCAGCAGGCCCAGCAGGCCCUCCACCCCCAAUCCCAAUCCCAAUCCCAACAGUCCAGGCCAAAUAGGCUACGCAAGGCUUGCGAUUCUUGCAGCAUCCGCAAGGUCAAGUGCGAUGAAUCGGGCCCACCCUGUAGGGCUUGUGUAGCCCUUGAAAUCCCAUGCACAUUCGACCGCCCCAGCCGAAGACGCGGGCCUCCCAAUAGACACGCCGAAGCCAUCAAGCGGCGGCGCGUUGCCGGCAUAGACUCGGAAGGGUCAGCGCCCGAAUCUCCCACCAGUGCUGCUCACGCCUUGGCCCAACUCCAGUCCUCCCAGCUCCAGUCCGUCCAGCCAGCCCAGCUCUCUGCCGAGGAAAUAUGCGCCCUCCCGACCCUCAACGCCCUCAUUGACGACUUCUUUACCUACAUACAUCCACUGUGUCCCUUUCCGCACGAGCCCUCGUUUCGCGAGGCAUGGGGCCGCAGAGAAGACUUGACGAACCCAUCCUUCCUCGCCCUGCUAGCCUCCAUGAUCGCUACCUUGGUCGCCUCUUUCCCCCGGAAACCGCGUCUGCACCUCAACUCACAAACGCGCCACGAAUACCCAAAUCAUCUUGCCCUGGUUGACAAGUGCCGAGACGUUUGUGCGCGUGCGCGAGGCCCUGGCUACCUCGAUCGUCCUUCUCUGAGUGUGUAUGAUGCUUGCACAAGCUACUUUCUUGGCUUGACUGGAGCCUAUGUCUUCCAAUGGCGGCAGCUGCGCCUGUACAUGGCCGAAUGCCUGACCAUCAUACGCGGCUUGGGUCUCCACAAACCCGAACUCCAGUGCUAUACUUACCUCGGCGGUGUACCUAAUGCCUGGGGCUCCAGUGGUCCCAACUACGACGGCUCAAGGGAGGCCAAAGUCGACUAUAUCACAGAAGAGAUUGGCCGUCGUGUUUUCUGGACUGUCUUCGUUGGUGUGCGGACCAUACAACAGUUGGGUGCAUCUUUCGGAGAGCUUGUGAUUGCGCCUGCAACACCCAGCGAGCCUCUACCUCCUCUACCGCGAGAAGUAGAUGAUGUACACAUCUUUCCUCACGAGAUUCAACCACAGCAGGACGGUAUUGUCUCAAUGCUCACUGGCUUCAAUAUCAACGUGCGCAUUUAUCUUUCAUACUCUUCACUCGCUACAGCCGAGAUGGCUUUCGGCAUUGACGAGAUAUUCGAUUGGGACCGACAGCAGCGUGUUUUGCAGCAAAGCUUGCAGCGUUGCAGGCAGAUCUUGCAAAGCAUACCAGAGGUACUAAAGGUUCGUCCCAAGACUGGGAGAGAUAGCGAGGUUGAGCCACAAAAAUCGUAUCAACCGCCCGUAAACGAGUACGCAGGUAUGCGAGAUCGUGCAACAGAUGAUUACCACAAGUCAGAUGCUCCAGAUUCACGACGCUACGAGAUACAGAAAGCAAACAUAUACGCCAGCCAUUUGGCCACCCGCUCCCACUUAGUUGAGAAGUAUUUUUUACAACUAGAAAAGUACCAAAGAACAAAAGCCCAAGCGAUUCUACAGAGCUCUACCAAUGCGAUUGCGGCAGGAAUCGAUAAGUUCGUAUCUGACACAACAGCUGACCCUGAAGCUCUCGAAAAGAUAAUGUCUGAAGAGCGCGAACAGGUGGUCAAAGACCUCUUGGUGGUACUCAGCAAUAUCGACAUGGUCAACAUGGAGCCCAAUGGUGACUCUUUUAUACAGAAAAUUCGAUCUAUUGCCAGUACGCUGCUUGACGUACCUAAAGAAAGAAAAGGUAGUGUAGCGCAACAGCAUCAAGAUUACCUGUACAAAUUCCUGGAUAUACUAAGCAAGUUGGAGAGGGUAAGCCCAGAAGUCAGUGCUCCCAAUGGCGGCAGCUUUGAUGAAGAAAGCGAGUUGCGCUUGUGGGCAGAUUUGAGGGAUCAUCAAUUGAGAUUCCAAGAGCAUGGGGGUAUUUACGGCUUUUGA